AUGUUGGAGGAAGUGAGGAAUGCACCGCUGCCCAUUCUGCACCACAUGAUCGACAUCUGGGCCGACAAACCAUCGGGGCGCAAGUUCCUCGGUGUCCACGUCUUCUACGUGACCGCCAACUUCGAACUGAAGCAAACCCUGCUCUCUGACGCUCUCGGAGAGGCGAAGGCAGCGGAGGUGCUUGUCGAGAUCCUCGAGGCUAUCCUGCACGAGUUUGGCCUGCGCCCAUCGGACCUCGCGUCGGGUACGACGGAUAAGCGCUACCGGCCCUCCCAGGACGCUCUCGGAGAGGCGAAGGCAGCGGAGGUGCUUGUCGAGAUCCUCGAGGCUAUCCUGCACGAGUUUGGCCUGCGCCCAUCGGACCUCGCGUCGGGUACGACGGAUAAGCGCUACCGGCCCUCCCAGGACGCUCUCGGAGAGGCGAAGGCAGCGGAGGUGCUUGUCGAGAUCCUCGAGGCUAUCCUGCACGAGUUUGGCCUGCGCCCAUCGGACCUCGCGUCGGGUACGACGGACAAGCGCUACCGGCCCUCCCAGGACGCUCUCGGAAAGGCGAAGGCAGCGGAGGUGCUUCUCGAGAUCGUCGAGGCUAUCCUGCACGAGUUUGGCCUGCGCCCAUCGGACCUCGCGUCGGGUACUACGGACAGCGGAUCGGACGUCAAGUCUGUGAGCGUCAACGGCCUCCAUCCGAAGUAUGGGGUUCUGUGGAACUGGUGUUAUUGCCACCUGAUGGUCAAGGCCGCCGAGGACGCCUUUGGCACCCGCCCCGACCCUCAGAUGUCCAAGAACCCGGAAGCGCGCAACAUGCUGAAGAACCUCAUCGGCAUAAUAGGGACCCUCCACAAGUCCAACUUGACGGCUAAGUUCGAAGACCUUCAGGUGGACCUGUUGGGCGAGGUAUUAAACAUCCCCAACCAGGCCCCCCAACGUUGGCUCACCCUGGUUCGCACAAUGGAACGCGUCAUCCGCUUGUGGCGCGUCAUGCGGAAGCUCUACAGCGACGCGGGGAAAAACUUUCCACUCGAAGAAGGCGACAACAAGGACUGCAUCAAUCAGCUCUACUCGCUGCUGCAGCCGCUUUCUUCCGUCACGCGUGAUGGCCAGUACGGGGGUUUGCCGAUGCUGGCAGACAUCUACAUGAAGUUUGGCAUGCUCAAGAUGGGCGUGCUGAACUCGUCGGCGGAUCUCAAGGUCUUCGACAUCCCGCCGCUUGGAGAAGACGGCCUUCCGGACCGUGAGGAACAGAAGAAACCUCUGCCGCACAAGAUGGUAGCACACGACGAGUUGCACCCCGUGGCACAGAAGGCGCGCAACGAACUCUGCCGCGCGCUCGUCUCGAGGUUCUACGGUCGUGUGUGGGACGACAGUUGCCUGGAUCCCUCCAUGUUCUGCGAUGCUGCCUGCCUCCUGACGCCGCCGUUCAGUGAGGGGAACUACCCCUCGGCGAUGAAGCUUACAGCAGAGGAGGACGAGUACUUGGCUGCUGGGUCGACCGUGGUAGCCCCUACGUCGGACGAAGACGUGCGAGAGAAGCUGGAGGGAAUUUGGGCGGAAAUCAAGAAGCGAGCAAUCACCGCCGUCAAGACAGCGCAAAAUCGGGCCGCGGGUGAGGGUGGGGGCCAGGGGUCAGAUCCUUUCAAGCGCGCCCGCACUAGCGGCGCGGCCCCAUCUCGUCGCAAGAACUACGAGAACGACUUCUCGAUGUUCGGGCGCAACGAAGUCGCCCCCUCCCAAAGCGACGAAGGAGAUGUCGACUUUGUGGAGGAGGAGGUCUCGGGCGAGAUCAUGCGCGACGUCCUUACCUACUGGAACAAAGUAGGGGAACAAAUGCUUCCCUCACUCAAGUAUGUGGCGCAGCAAACAUUCGGCAGUCAAGCUUCUGCCGCUCAGAUCGAGCGAGACUUCAGCCACUGCGGUCUUUUCAGUACCGGGAACCGCAGUCGUGCAGAAGAGUAUUGGCUGUAAAUGGUGAUGUUCCUCAAGGGCAAUUACGAGUUUAUUCCCGA